AUGUUCCGUUUGUCUGCUAGAACUUUUGCCAAGUCUGUUAACACCAUUGCUAAGCGUGGUUACGCUGAAGCUGCCGAUGGUGCUUUGAAGUUGCAAUUCGCUUUGCCUCACCAAACCUUGUACUCUGGCUCUCCAGUCACCCAAGUGAACUUGCCAGCUAAGUCUGGUCAAAUUGGUAUUUUGGCCAACCACGUUCCAACUGUUGAACAAUUGGUUCCUGGUGUUGUCGAAGUUUUGGAAGGAUCAGGUUCUAAGAAGUUCUUUGUUUCCGGUGGUUUUGCUACUGUUCAACCAGACUCCACUUUGUCUAUCACUUCCGUCGAAGCCUUCCCAUUGGAAUCCUUCUCUGCCGAAAACGUCAAGUCUCUAUUGGCUGAAGCUCAAAAGAACACUUCCUCUUCCGACGAAGCUGUCGCUGCUGAAGCUGCUAUCCAAAUCGAAGUCUUGGAAGCUUUGCAAGCUGCCUUGAAAUAA